AUGAUAGAGCUGUACAUUGAGUUUGAACAGCAGUCGGGGAUGAGUACGGUCGGCGAGGAGGUCAAUGUUGAUGAGCUCGGGGAUAUAGAUUGGGAAGAAGAUAAUAAUGAUAGCGAAGAGGAAUUCGAAGCAAACUAUGAAGUCGAUGACGGAGACUUGGCAGGCAAUCCGGCAGUUCAAAAUGAAGCGAAUGCCGUUGUAAGCCAACACCCGUUUGGUGUUCCGUCUUUUAUGCCGACUCUAGAUCUCGAAGCCAUGCAUGCCCCAAAAUUUCCUGAGUAUGCGAAUACGGGUGAAGGCAACAUUGCGGCGGAAGAUGGCGAGUUUAGUGUCGGAAUGGAAUUUGGGUGCGACUGGCUUAUCCGAGCUAGCUUGAUUCGAAAAAAAGCUUGUUGGGAGAUCAGGAGAUACAAUGGGAAGCACACGUGCACCAUGAGCACGAUUUCACAAGAUCAUGCCAAGUUGGACUCAGACAAAAUUGCAGAUGCCAUUAGGCCGUUGGUCGAAGCAGACCCUUCGAUAAAGGUGAAGUCCGUUAUUGCAGAAGUUCAAGGCAGGUUCAACUACACUACUCUGCCAGUGUGGUUGAAAGCAAUGACAGUGAAGAUGCCAAGGUCUCGUGUUGAGGAGGUUCAAGGUGUAAGAGUUCUGCACCGCGUUUUUUGGAGCUUCUAUCCGUGUAUUGUAGCAUUCAGACACUGCAAGCCACUGGUGAAGGUUGAUGGCACGCACCUGUACGGAAAAUAUAAAGGUGCACUUCUGGUACCUGUUGCACAGGAUGGGAAUCAAAACAUUGUACCUAUUGCAUUUGCGAUUGUCGAGGGCGAGACAGCAGACACGUGA